ACUACACGUAGAAACCUCAGGAGCAGUAUCUGACACUGGAAGAGAGGAACAAAUGAAAGUGGAGAGUUAAAAGUGUGCACGCAACAGGCGGUGAUUCUGCAACUUUGUGUAAGAAAACAACUUGAAGAUCUACAACUGCGCGUAGAUCUCCAGCAACAAGGGGCCGCCUGUAUUAUCUCCUGCUGCUGUUGUUUGUGUGACAGAGCUUUUCUCAGCUCGGGGGUAAAGAAGCAGCACGGGGCAGAAAGAGACGGUUGGUGGUCGACGGUUGGUUCUGCAGGAAUGUCGCAGAAAGAAAGAUCCGGAUUUUACCUGCAGGAGGUCAAUAAAACGAUAUGGGAAGUCCCGCGUCGGUACCAGGACCUGUCUCCGGUGGGCUCAGGCGCCUAUGGAUCGGUUUGUUCUGCAUAUGAUGAGAAACUGGGUUUGAAGGUCGCUGUGAAGAAGCUUUCCCGACCUUUCCAGUCCAUCAUCCACGCCAAAAGAACCUACAGGGAGCUGCGGCUGCUGAAACACAUGAAGCAUGAAAAUGUCAUUGGGCUCUUGGAUGUUUUCAGUCCUGCUACAAGUCUAAAAGAAUUCAAAGAUGUGUAUCUCGUGACUCACCUAAUGGGAGCAGAUCUGAACAACAUUGUCAAAUGUCAGAAACUCUCAGACGACCAUGUGCAGUUCCUCAUAUACCAGAUCCUCCGAGGACUGAAGUAUAUCCACUCAGCGGGCAUCAUCCAUAGAGAUUUGAAACCUGGCAACCUUGCCGUAAACGAAGACUGUGAGCUAAAGAUAUUGGACUUUGGCUUGGCGCGGCACACUGACGAUGAGAUGACCGGCUACGUUGCCACGCGCUGGUAUCGUGCUCCAGAGAUCAUGUUGAACUGGAUGCACUACAACAUGACAGUGGAUAUUUGGUCGGUGGGAUGCAUUAUGGCAGAACUUCUAACUGGGAAAACUCUGUUUCCUGGCUCAGACCAUAUAAACCAGCUUCAGCAGAUAAUGCGUCUGACAGGAACACCCCCAGCAGCGCUAAUCAACCGGAUGCCCAGCCAUGAGGCCAGGAAUUAUGUCAGCUCUUUGCCUCCUAUGCCCAAGAGGAACUUUGCUCAUGUUUUUAUUGGUGCUAACCCACAAGCGGUGGACCUUCUGGAGAAGAUGCUGGUUCUGGACGCAGACAAGAGGAUAACAGCCACUGAAGCUCUGGAGCACCCUUACUUCUCCCAGUACCACGACCCAGAAGACGAGCCCGAGGCCGAGCCUUACGACCAGAGCUUUGAAAGUAGAGAACUGGAAAUCGAUGAGUGGAAGCGAUUGACCUAUGAGGAGGUGUGUAGUUUUGUGCCACCUGAUUACAUGGAGGAUUGAGAUGAGCUGCAGCUACAACAUGUGCAUUAAUGUUAAAGCCUUCAGGCACACAAUACCAGCUAUUUCUGAGUCUUUAUUUCAGAAAUCUUAAGAGAUUUUUAAGGAGAUUACUACUUUUAUAUGAAAAUGCAAAAACUGGACCAGCAAUAAUCAUUAUGUACCACUGAUAUUGUUUGUUUUGGGGUUUUUUUUUGUUGUUGUUGAGGAAUUUCACUUUUGCCAAUAUUUAAAAAAAUGUAUGUAUUUAAAUUUUUAGCUUUUAAUUGUUUUUAAUUUAAACUUCAACUCGACUGUGACUUCUGAGGCGAUGAGACAACGGACCUACAGCUCUGCUGAUUUGUUGAGUAACUUAUAAAUAAGCUGUUUUCUAUUAAUUAUAAAGAAAGCAUGCUCAUCUACAAUCCAGCUGGUCAAUCUGUGGUACAAUUUUUGAUUUACCACAAUUACUCUGAUGCCUAAAAAGAGAAAUCUUUGAACAUUUCGGUGAAUUUCAAAACACCAGCCUAUUUUUUAUUUUUUUAAUGCUUCUUCAACCCUCCCAGCUGAAUUUAAAGACUUUAACAUGUGAUUUCUUUAGAUACUGUGAGAUCUUUCACAAGUAUAUCUGAGCCUUUUCUGGUUAAAUCUAGGUAACAUGCCCAAAAUAUGUAAAUAUGUGUCAGUCUUUAUGUUUUAUGUGGUUCUAAAGCAUCCGAAGUUAGCAUGUACAUGAAGGCAUUGUGUGGUGUUGACUUUGGGUUACGAUUUUUAGUAUUAUGCUUUAACCUGUAACUGCUAAACAGUGUAAAACGGGGAGUUGUAUUUAUUCUAUGUGGAGUAGGUAUUUAAGAGCAACAAUCGGUCUGCAGUUUACUUGAUAUCUCCAGUCCUUUAAGAAAAUAAAUACUUAUUUUUUAAGAGA